CGGCCCUCAGUGAUCUCGUCAAGCUGCAAUUGUCGCCGGUCGGCUCGCCAAGAUGAGAAAGCCGUACCGUUUCUACAGUUUAAGUCGCCCUAAAUUGCGACAAUCAUGGAACAAGUAUAACUUGUAUAACCUGUAUCGCCAGACUGGACGAGAACCCCAAAUCAAAGGCACGCCCACCUUCUUCCAGCAAAAAUGGGCGGCGAAGGCGAAAACUCGAUCAUAUCACGGAGAGCAUAUCCCCGAAAAGAAAUGGGUUCGGCUCUUCUCCCGCCGACUUCUCUCUGCCGUGGACAUGCCGCCGGAGUAUCUGGCAGCACACGAUGGCUCUGAACAGGCUGCCGGCCGUGGUUCCGGUUUGACUACGACCACGGUCUCGGCCGAAACCUUUUCCAAAGUCCCAAAGCUCAGCACUCAAGAGCGUUCAAGGAAGAGGGCCGUCUUUGGAGAUGUGAACAAGCUUUUGUCGGAUCAAUUCAACAACAUGACUCCCUAUAUGCAGAUGACGUUUGCGCCUUUGGAGAGGAGAUUGGAUACCGCAGUAUUCCGAGCUCUGUUCGCUAGCAGUGUCCGACAGGCACGCCAAUUCGUCAUUCACGGAGCCGUGACGGUCAAUGGGAAAAAGAUGGUCCAUCCUUCUUACCAAUUGAAUCCCGGCGACUUGUUUCAAGUAGAUCCAGAGAAAGUUAUGUACGGAACAGGCGUUCAAAAAGCACAGCAAGGAAACUCGCGUCUUCGCGAGAAUCUCGAGGCUAGACAAAAGAAGGCGGAGCAAGCAUACCAGAACGCUGUGAAGAAGACAAGCGGCGCCACUGCUGCCGCCGAAGGAGAGGCGGAAGGCGAGAAGGGUGAAUCUGAGGCUGCCGCCGCCGAGGGCGAAGCUGCUGAGGGCGAAGCCGCUGCGAGCGAAGAAGUUGGAUCGCUGACUCCGGAAGCCCAAUGGCAGCUGAACAACAGAGCAUUGAAAUUUCUGCUAAAGGAUGUCAAGAAGAUCUUGAAAAAUAACCCCAAAGACCUUACUGCCAAGGAGAAGAAGCAGCUUCGCCUAUUCCGAGCUGAUGCCAAGCGCUUCCUCUCACAGCCUGAGAAGAGCGAGGGCAAUAUUACCGAGCUCAUUGAGGAACUGCAGCAGCAGAUGAAGAGCCAUGAGCUGAUGCGCGAGAGCUUCGAGAAGCUCUCUCUGAAAGAGAAUCAGAGCCAAGGACAGCCCGAGGCCGAGGCCGAGGCUGGAUCUGAGAGCGCCAACGCCGUCGCAAAAGAGGGCGAAGAGCAAUCAGAGCUCAGCAGAGAACGACAGGUUGAGAAGGGCCUGGAGGGCCUAUCAGAUGAGCAGAAGGCCAAGGCCAAGCGAAUAAUGGGCGACGCUCAGCUAUCUCGAGAGGAAAUGAGGAAGCUGGCCCGUCUGCUUCAAUACGAUGAAGAAAACCCCAUUGAUGAUUCCAAGCCCUAUGCUACCCCAUGGCGGCCCCGCCCUUUCAUGUCAGCGUUUGCUUUCAUCCCUCGAUACCUCGAAGUCAACCCCAACAUCUGUGCUGCCGUCUACCUGCGACACCCAGUUGCACGAAAGGGUAUGGCUGAAGUGCCAACGCCUUUCAGCUACUUGACAAGUCAACUGACUCACAACUGGUACCUUGAGCGUGGCUAAGACAGAGGGGGGAGCAUUUAGAGAGAAGCAGCUGGUGAGGUUGGUGUAUAUAUCAUGAUGUACAACUUCUACGAAGAAGGAAAAGGGAAACGGCGUCAAAAAAAAAUUAGAAGAAAACAAGAGAAAAGGAGAAAGUCUAUGUAGGCUAUGUAUGAUGAUGAAGCCGGGGCUGGAACUUGCUCCAGGCCUCGGUAUGUAAUAGUAUAUAUAAAAUAACUACUAUAUGCUUG